AUGUCAUCUCCCCCGAUAAUAACAUCAAAAAGCACCCUCCCUACAUCCUCACCCCGAAAGCCAUGGUCCCACCACCUCACGCUAGACACCCUCCUCCGCGUACUAAGAAACACCCUCCUCAGCCCAUUCAUCGCAUGGAUAAUAGUCCUCUGCCUCCGCGCCCAAGUCACUCCCCCAACAGAUCCCGCCUUUAUAAUCGCAGUCGCAUACGCCACGAUCCUCACACUACUCUUCGUUGCGGGGGUGAUCAAUCAUCGUGUCGCGCAUGGUCUCCCGCGUACGGUGGAUUUUGCGAAUGAAGUUGUUCUUGUUACGGGUGGUGCGAGUGGACUGGGACUGCUGGUGGCGCAGAUGUAUGCUAUGAAGGGGGCGAGUGUGGCUGUGCUGGAUAUUAGGGAUAUUGGGGCGAAGGAGCAGGAUGAGGUUUUUGGGGAGGAUGUUCAGUAUUUCCGGUGUGAUGUUGGUGAUCGUCGGGCGCUUGAGGGUGUUAGAGGGGAGAUUGAAAAUGAGCUGGGCACCCCAACCAUCAUUAUCAACUGCGCCGCGGCUCGAAUCAACGGUCGUUCACUCCUGGACUUGCCAGCAGAGGCAUUCGAGAAGACGGUGCGCACCAAUCUGAUGGCUGCAUUCCAUCUCUACCAGGUUUUCCUGCCAGGGAUUGUUGCGGAAUCCGAGAAUGGAGGCACCAUUGUCACUGUCAGCUCAGUACUGGGCCAAUUGUCUCCAGCAGGGCUGUCGGACUACUCCGCAAGCAAAGCAGGACUGAGCGCACUGCAUCGAACCAUGGAAGCUGAGUUCCGCAGUGAUGAGCGGAUAAAGAUGUUGCUGGUGGAAACGGGGCAGAUGGCGACACCACUGUUUGAUUGGGUCCGCACCCCGAGUCAUUUCUUCGCUCCCGUUCUGGAGCCGGUCGAGGUCGCCCGUGAAAUUGUGGCUGCCGUGGACAGCGGUCGUGGUGGCGUGCUGAGGUUGCCCGCGUUUGCGACGCUCGUCAAUUGGUAUGCUGUGCUGCCGGGUGCAGUGCAGCUUGUAUCACGAUAUUUGAGUGGAAUAGACAAUGCCGUCUCUUCAAGCAUCCAAGAACGUGAGGGAGGAAAAGAGCCUCGAUAUCCACUGAGGUCCAAUAAGAAAGCGAACUGA